AUGAAACUUUCGAUCAAGCCGGGGUCGGGCGACGGUAGAGCCAGAGCUAGUGUUGGGUCCGCAUUGAGUGCCGAGUAUUGGGGGCGAGGGAUCGCCUCGGCCGCGUUGAGGAUGGCGGUUUAUGAUGUGUUUUCGGUGUUUGAAGGGGUGGUAAGGCUUGAAGCUUUGGUAGAGGUGGAGAACGUAGGGUCCCAAAGGGUGUUGGAGAAGGUCGGGUUUGUUAAAGAAGGGCUGCUAAGGAAGUAUGGAUUUUGUAAAGGGGAAAUCAGAGGCAUGAUCGUCUGCAGCUUCUUAUCCACAGAUACAAUCACUUGA